AUUAUGGCCUAGCUCAGCAUUUGUUAAUAAUAAACUCUAUAUUAUUGGCGGGCUGCCAAAUAAUGACUCUUUUUAUCUAGAUAUUACGAAACCUUUUACAGUAACUGAUAUGUCGUCAAUGCCAUGGACUGAUAUUUCUACAGGUUCCCCUCAAAAAAAUAGUGUUACGGCUUGUACUGGCGGAGCGAAUAAUAAUUCAAUUUUUGUUAUUGGUAAUAAACCUUCAAUUUCUUAUCGACCUUUGGUUAGUUAUUAUGAUACAACCUUAUUAUCAUGGACCAAUGUUACUGCUUCCUCUGGUCCUGUUGACAGAUAUUUUAUUUCAUGUGCAAAUUUUGGGAAAGGGAUGAUUGCUAUUUUUAGUGGCACUUACAUUACCCCGACCGGGAAUAGCUCUAGUGAUCUUUGGAUAUUCAACACUUUAACACUUACUUGGAAUUCAAGUAAGGCAACUAAUCCUCCAGCAGGUAGAUCCAAUUAUCGUGCAUUAACUUUACCUGAUGAUAAUAUUUUAUAUAUUGGUGGAAGUUAUAAUAAUGCAUCUUUAGGAUAUGUACCAAUGAAUAAUCUAUCAUUAUAUAAUACAAAUUCUGACAGCUGGACUAGUAUAACUACGUCUGGUCAGACCCCUCCACCUCGUAUAUAUUUUUCUGCUGUAUUAACAUCUGAUGGUCGUAUUAUAAUGUUUGGAGGUCAGGGUCCGUUUACAACAGGAUCACCACAAAUUUCUUAUGGUGAUUUGUGGAUCUUGAAUAUAUCAAAUUAUCAAUGGUCAAGUGGAAAUAUCUCAAAUCCAACUAUGGGUCCAUCAAAUCUCUUUUCUCAUACUGCAGAUUUGGUGAACAAUACUUAUAUGUUUGUUUCUUUUGGUACUGAUUCUUCUGAUUUUCCUACUCCUACAAAUACUUCUUCGAAAAUAUAUAUACUUGAUAUAAGCAAAAAUAAUACUUAUCA